AAACACGACAGUCCGGUCUCAAGCAGGGCUCGAAGUACUGCCCCAAGGCUUAAGUUUACAAUUUAAUUUUCGUGACACAGUGACAACAGUUUCGUCAAUUUUUAAAAAUAGUUACAAACAAAUUGGAAAACAGAAUGAGGAAUCCUACGGACCCAAGUGAGCGACAGCUCGAUGCGGCAUUUCGUCAUAUGAGUUUGGAAGAGACUCCGCGUAAAAAAGAGCCUUUCGACCCACACGAUCCCUUCGCAGCGUACAGUAAGGACAUCGAUUGUCAACGACUGACACCAGUUCCCGAUCGCGAUGAUAUUCGUACGGCAAAAGAAUUGAUAGCUUUUUGGCGGGGCGAGGAUCAACGUGAAUUAACCGAAGAAAAAAAUCCGAGCGACGAGAGAACCGAAAUUUCAUCGACGACGAAGUCGUCUUCUCCUCCGUCUGUUUCUCCUAGAAGUAAAUUGAAGAACAUGUGUCUCGAGGAUCAGGGUCGUAUCUUGAAUGGACAGCCACCGAAUCAAAAACUCAUAUAUAUUCUUAAAAAUUGUUCACCCGUUUCAUGGGGUCCCAAGAAAUCUUCAAAUUUUCAUACGCAUUUCGAAAAUAAUCCCCAAAACAAUAACAAUAUGUUUCCACCCAUUUCACAAGGUUUCAUCCAAUUUUCAAAUGUUAUUACAUAUUCUACUAAUUAUUCCCAACACAAUAUCAAUUUUCCUUCCAAUUCACAAGGUUCCAUCCAAUUUUCAAAUGUUAGUACAUACUCUACUAACUAUUCCCAACAUAAUAUCAAUUUUCCUUCCAUUCCGCAAGGUCCCACGCAAUUUCCAAAUUUUAAUACACAUUUUAAUGAAUAUCCUCAACACAAUAACAAUAUAUUUCCUUCCAUUCCGCAAGGUCCCAUGCCAUUUCAAAAUGUUGAUAACCAAACUGAUAAAAAUCCUCAAAUCAAUAACAAUAUGUUUCCUUACAUCUCACAAGGUCCGACGCAAUUUCCAAAUUUUAAUACACAUUUUAAUGUAAAUCUUCAAAUCAAUAACAAUAUGUUACCACCUAUCUCACAAUGUCCCACGCCAUUUCCAAAUUUUGAUAACCAAACUGUUAUAAAUCCUCAUAUCCAUAACAAUAUGUUUCCACCCAUUUCACAGGGUCCCACGCAAUUUCCAAAUUUCAACACACAUUUUAAUAUGAAUCUUGAAAUCAAUAACAAUAUGCUUCCUUCCCUCCCACAAGGUCCGAUGCAAUUUCCAAAUUUUAAUCCAUUUCGACCACAGUCCCUCCCAUUUCUCAACGCAGUAUUCGUAACUAACGCUCAUCCACAAAUACACAACAAUUUGCAGCACAAUAGCGAUCAAUCGAUUCGGCAUAGGAAUCCAAGGGAAGGACACAAAUAAAUAUUAAUAUAAUUGUGAAUGGAAAAAUGCAGCCACUAAUAAUACUCAUAUGUAAUUUAUGAGUGGAAAAAUGUAUAAAAGUAUUUUGACGUUAAAGUGAUGUAAGCAGUGGCGUUGACUCGAUUCGUGACAAAAUUGCAUUUUCAUUCUAAUGCAUAUGCUCCUUGUAGUUUUAAAAUAAAUCAAAAAAGCAAA